AUGGCAAACAGUGCCUCUUCUGAACAGAAUCACUGCUCAGCCAUCAACGACAGCAUCCCGCUGAUGCAGGGUAACCUCCCCACCCUGACCUUAUCUGGAAAGAUCCGAGUGACAGUGACUUUCUGCCUUUUUCUACUCUCCACCACCUUUAAUGCUUCUUUCUUACUGAAACUUCAGAAGUGGACUCAGAAGAAAGAAAAAGGAAAAAAACUCUCCAGAAUGAAGAUGCUUUUAAAACAUUUGACGUUAGCCAACUUGUUGGAGACUCUGAUUGUCAUGCCACUGGAUGGCAUGUGGAAUAUUACAGUCCAGUGGUAUGCGGGAGAGUUCCUCUGCAAAGUCCUCAGCUAUCUGAAGCUUUUCUCUAUGUAUGCCCCAGCUUUCAUGAUGGUGGUGAUCAGCCUGGACCGUUCCCUGGCUAUCACCAGACCCCUAACUGUGCAAAACAACAGCAAGCUUGAACGCUCCAUGACCAGCGUGGCCUGGAUUCUCAGUAGUAUUUUUGCUGGACCACAGUUAUAUAUCUUCAGGAUGAUUCACCUAACAGAUGGUUCUGGACAAACAGAAAUUUUCUCUCAAUGUGUAACACACUGUAGUUUUCCACAAUGGUGGUACCAAGCCUUUUAUAACUUCUUCACUUUCAGCUGCCUCUUCAUCAUCCCUCUUCUCAUCAUGUUGAUCUGCAAUGCAAAAAUCAUCCUCACCCUGACGAGGGUCCUUCAUCAGGAUCCCCACAAACUACAAUUGAAUCAAUCCAAGAACAAUAUACCAAGAGCACGGCUGAAGACCCUAAAGAUGACAGUUGCAUUUGCCACUUCAUUUAUUGUCUGCUGGACUCCCUACUAUGUCCUAGGAAUUUGGUAUUGGUUUGAUCCUGAAAUGUUAAACAGGGUGUCAGAUCCAGUAAAUCAUUUCUUCUUUCUCUUUGCUUUUUUAAAUCCAUGUUUUGAUCCACUUAUAUAUGGAUAUUUCUCUCUGUAA